UUCUCGUUUUUCUCUCGCGCGAGUUGAUCUACUACCGACGUUGAUCCACAGCACAACAUGGCAUCUGACGGACCGCCGGGCACGGACCCGAACGAUUUAGGUGGUGCAAUCGCAGCAUUAAACUCAUGGAGCGUCCCAGAGCUUCAGGGGAAGCUGGCGGAGCUAGGAGCUCCAACAAUGGGCUCCAGAGAGGAACUCAUUGACAGAGUGAAGGGAUACAUGAUGCAGGUGCCGAGUAUUCCUCCUAUGCCCCCGAUGCCCAUGCCGCCCAUGCCCCCGGGUAUGGGUAUGAUCCCAGCGAUGAUGCCCCCCGGAGCUCCUCCCUCUGGCAUGCACAUGGGAAUGGAGCACCCAAACAUGCCGCCUCCUGGUCUCACGCAGGAUGAUCAACUCAAGAUGGUUCAGCAGAGAGCCGCCAUCAUGUUACAGCAGGAAGCCAAGCAUCAGGGGGACGAGCAUGACCUUCUGGAGCAGCAGCAACGGGCUGCCGUGCUGCUAGAACAGGAACGCCAGCACGAAAUGGCAAAGAUGCAGCCGCCUAUUUCUGCUGUAAGAGUUUCAAUUUUGGAUCCUCAUGGGCCGUUACCUCCCGGUGUCACCUUGUUGCCGUCUCAUAAACAGAAGGUGCCACCUCCUCCGGGAGAAGAUAACCGAGAAAUCUGGCAGAGCGAGGAGGUUAGUGUUGGCGGGCCCAAGAUCCCACAGGCUCUGGAGAAGAUCCUUCAGCUGAAGGAGAUCAGGCAGGAGCAGCUUAUCGAUCCAGCAGAUGAUGUCGACGACGCAGAUGCAGCAAACUCCUCUGCAGCAGUGAUGUCUGACGACGACGAAGACGGCCCGAUGUCCAAAAAAGAUAAAAAUCGCAAGCGCAGGAACAGGAAAAAGAAGAGCAAGAAGAAGCGAGCGCAGGAGAAGAAGGAGCAGGCGGAGCAGCAGACAAAGGAGGGCAGCGCCAAGCAGAAGGACAAGGAGAAGGAGGCGGAGGUGGAGAUCGAGUACGUCACGGAGGACCUGGAGAUCUACGACCCCAACUACAUCUUCUUCAAGAGGAUUUUUGAGGCUUUUAAGUUAACUGAUGAUGUGAAAAAAGAGAAAGACAAAGAGCCAGAGAAGGCUGAAAAAAUGGAGCCUAUCGGUAUGAUGAGGAAGAAAGGCUUUGAGCUGGAGAGGAAGGACAGCGAUGAUAGCGAUGAGGAAGCCAAACAAGACGUUCCAAAACUGUCCAAGAAGAAGCUGCGGCGGAUGAACCGGCUCACUGUGGCUGAACUUAAACAGCUGGUGGCUCGUCCAGACGUCGUGGAGAUGCACGACGUGACUGCGCAGGAGCCCAAGCUGCUGGUCCACCUGAAGGCCACCAGGAACACGGUCCCGGUGCCUCGCCACUGGUGCUUCAAGAGGAAGUACCUGCAGGGCAAGAGGGGUAUCGAGAAGCCCCCGUUUCAGCUGCCGGAGUUCAUCAGGAGGACGGGAAUCCAGGAGAUGAGGGAGGCUCUACAGGAGAAGGAGGAUGCUAAAACGAUGAAGACCAAAAUGAGGGAGAAGGUUCGCCCUAAAAUGGGAAAGAUCGACAUCGACUACCAGAAGCUGCAUGAUGCUUUCUUUAAGUGGCAGAUCAAACCUAAACUCACCAUCCACGGAGACCUUUACUAUGAGGGUAAGGAGUUUGAAACCCGUCUGAAGGAGAAGAAGCCUGGAGACCUGUCGGAUGAGCUGCGCAUUGCUCUGGGAAUGCCAGUCGGACCUAAUGCCCACAAGGUGCCUCCUCCCUGGUUGAUUGCCAUGCAGAGGUACGGACCUCCUCCUUCCUACCCCAAUCUCAAAAUCCCAGGACUCAACUCGCCCAUCCCAGAGAAUUGUACUUUUGGUUAUCAUGCUGGUGGUUGGGGAAAGCCGCCCGUGGACGAGAUGGGAAAGCCCCUCUAUGGUGACGUGUUUGGAACCAACUCUGCAGACUUCCAGGCUAAGGCCGAGGAAGAGGAGGUAGACCACACCCCAUGGGGAGAGUUGGAGCCCUCCGAUGAAGAAUCCUCAGAGGAAGAGGAGGAGGAAGAGAGCGAUGAAGAGAAACCAGAUGAAACCGGAUUCUUCACACCAGCAGACAGUGGACUCAUCACUCCUGGAGGCUUCUCGUCUGUCCCAGCCGGCAUGGAGACCCCAGAGCUGAUUGAGCUGAGGAAGAAGAAGAUCGAGGAGGCCAUGGACGGGAAUGAGACCCCUCAGCUUUUCACGGUUCUCCCAGAGAGAAGAACCGGGCCUGUGGGUGCAGCCAUGAUGGCCUCCACCCACAUCUACGACAUGUCCACGGCCAUGGUGAACCGUAAGACAGGUGGAGGACAGGAGUCUCACGGCGUGGAGGUGGCACUGGCUCCUGAGGAGUUGGAGCUCGACCCGAUGGCCAUGACGCAGAAGUAUGAGGAGCACGUUAGAGAACAGCAGGCCCAGGUGGAGAAGGAGGACUUCAGCGACAUGGUGGCUGAGCACGCUGCUAAACAGAAGCAAAAAAAGAGGAAGGCCCAGCCACAGGACACUCGAGGCGGCGCCAAGAAAUACAAAGAGUUCAAGUUCUAGAGAAAAGCCAAAACAAAGCGCAGGAAGAGGAAGAGACCAGCUCCAAGUUCACUUUCAGAGGAUCUAGAUUUCAAAACCGACCAUCUCCCAGACAAGCUCCUCUUUCUUUUUUAUGUUUCAACAAUGUUGUCAAAUACAUCUCAUGUACUUGAUGAGUCCUAACUGUAUUUCUUUUGUUAAACUUCUACCACUUAGGUCUUGAUUAUGUUUUAUUU